AUGGACCCAGCAUCCAAACACUCAUGGAACCUGUUCCAGCAUAUUCGCCAGCUGCUCGCUGCUCCCGAAAAGCACACUCACGACUGGAGCGAGGCAGAACGUCAUAAUUUCCAAUAUAGCCCCCUCUACAGAUUGCCGGCCGAACUGCUCGGGAUCAUUCACGAAUAUUUGCCUCCUAACAACUCAUUCGCAUUAUCACUCACCUGUGCUCGGUUCUACUUCUCUACCAUCCUUGCAGGGGCCCAACGCGAGCUGAAAUCAACCAAAAUGGGCCAGUUCAUUGUCAUGUGCAUGCUCGAAGGAGUCGGACAGAUAAAGGAGUAUUGCUGCCGGGGUUGCCUCACCACGCACCCUUCCUCUCACUUCUCCAAGGAUGAACUGGAAAAGCGCCACGCAGAGCGCUAUUGUUUACGAACCAAGAAGGUUAUGGCAUUUGGAGCAUUUGGGUCAGACCCCAAGAGCUUUAACGAGGUACUGGAGAUGAGGAGGACACAGGAAUUGGAGGAAAACAUCGAUAUUCUGCAACAGGGCUCCUUCUGGAACCUCUUUUCCUCCCCCAAAACAUCAGUAGUGACCGGCAUACGGCUGUUCCCUCGAGGCAAAAAGGUUUCCGUGGAACGGUUCGCAGAACUAUGCCAGAAAUUAAACUACCCAGUCUGCCCCCAUAUGACGACGGCCGACAAAAGAAUUGUGGACCUCUACGUUCCUGAUUUUUUUUGCGCUGGCAAAUCAAACAUACCUGAUCCCUUCGGUCAUCAUUUUGAGCUAAAUGGACUCGGCGUCAAAUUUGGGAGGCUCAUCUCUCCUCUGGAUCCCGCCUGGCUGGCGUCAGCUUCUUCCAAAGGCGCGCUACUAAGUCAAGAACGAGAAGACCAGGUUUAUGAGGCGGCUAAUUCAUUCUACCAUGCAACCCAGGCUCCGAUCGCGGGCACAGCCAUAGAGAGUAAUAUCGACUGUAUCCCUCUCUCACUCCCUAAAUCUUCGUUGAUGACGAGGCUUGGUGUAACCAUCUGGUCUGCUGUAAGCUCAUGUAUUCCAGAAAGGCAUCACCGGCGGAAGUCAAGCCACCUUCACCGGGUCGCUAUUACGGACCAUCUGUAUAUGCUAACCCCUCAGUUCCAAUGGGAGCGUGAAGGGAGGGAUUAG